GGCAGCUAAGGAGCUGGUGGCAAAGGGGACAGGGCAAGUCCUGGUACCUUACCUCGGUGCUUUCCUCACUGAUCUUGUCAUGCUCGACACAGCCCUUCGAGACUGUGGAGGCUCCUGGUGGGCUCUGAGGCACUCACCCACAGCAUGGCUGCCAAAGAACAUCCUGACUUCAGGCCUAAGGGAAGCUCUGGGGAGAGUGAUGACUCGGUCAGAAUCUCGGCAUCUGAGCUCAAUGAAUCUGCCUCCGGCGUUGCCUCUGCUUCCCGGGACGCCUCUACCUCUGCGGAAGCCUCUGCCUUCUGGGCUGCCUCUGCUUCCCGGGAAGCCUUUGCCACCAGCGACGCCCCUGCAGCCUGGGACACCUCUGCCUCCUGGGACACCUCUGCCUCCUGGGACUGAUUCUUCUGCCUCCAGCGACGCCCCUGCCUCCAGCGAUUCUUCUGCCUCCAGCGAUUCUUCUGCCUCCAGCGAUUCUUCUGCCUUUAGACAUUCUUCUGCCUUUAGACAUUCUUCUGCCUCCAGCGAUUCUUCUGCCUCCAGCGAUUCUUCUGCCUCCAGCGAUUCUUCUGCCUCCAGCGAUUCUUCUGCCUCCAGCGACGCUCCUGCCUCCAGCGAUUGCUCUGCCUCCGGUGACGCCCCUACCUCUAUCGAUUCGUCUGCCUCCAGCGAUUCGUCUGCCUCCAGCAACACCCCUACCUCUAGCGAUUCCUCUGCCACCAGCGACGCCCCUGCAUCUAGCGAUUCUUCUGUCUCUAGCGAUUCUUCUGCCUCCAGCGACGCCCCUGCCAUCAGCGACACCCCUGCCUUCAGCGAUGCCACUGCCUCCAGCAACGUCCCUGCCUCCUGA